AUGCUCGUGUCGACGCUUCCACCCCCGAUAUUUUCAACGCAACAUGGCCAGGAUGAUUAUCGACCUUCAAAAGACAUGGAUGCCUUCAAUAACCUCCUCCCCCCACCCAUAGAGUUUGUUGAAGGCUCUUCGUCGGGCACUCUGGCUGUUGCAGAGGGUAAGUAUGAGCCCAUAAAUGCCAGUCCUAAACCAGCCAAAGCAGAGCCUGCUGAUAUUUCCAAGAAAAUCCCUUCAACUCCUGCAAAAGCCACUCCAGCGCCACCGCGCUCAACAGGCGUCAAAACCACAUCUAUGUAUCCUGCUGCGAUAGAUACAUCAUGGCCAAUGUCCUGCAGCUUAGGAUCCGGUCUGUACAACAGCGGGAAUACCUGCUUUCUCAACAGUGCUCUCCAAUGCCUUUUACACACGCCCCCACUCCUGAGGCUCUUGAUAUUGCAUAAGAAGGAGGAUUGUCGGCUCAGUUCUUCGUUCUGUAUGGCAUGCUCUCUACGCUUGGUUGCCACCAAAGCACAUGUAGGCAAUCGAAGCGCAUUCAGCCCCUUCCCUAUCACCAAUAACCUACAGCAUAUUGCGAAACACCUGCGCAAGGGGAGACAAGAAGACUCUCACGAGUUCCUGCGAUACGCUAUUGAUGCUCUUCAAAGAUCCUGUCUUGCGGGUCUGCCUCCGAAAAUCGAUCCCAAGCUGGCAGAAACAACAUGGGUUCACAAAAUUUUUGGCGGCCGGUUGCGCUCAAGAGUAACAUGCCGGUCCUGUGGUUACAAUAGCGACACAUUUGACCGUAUUCUUGAUUUGAGUCUGGACAUUUUCCGGUGCGAUUCACUGAAGGACGCCUUGCGCAAAUUUAUUGCUAUUGAUUACCUGAAGGGCUCUGAUAAAUAUAAAUGCGAGAAGUGUCAGAAGCAUGUCAACGCCGAGAAAAAUUUCACGAUUCAUGAGGCUCCCCUAGUUCUCACCGUCCAUCUCAAACGAUUUUCACCUCUCGGGAAGAAAAUCAGCCACCCUCUUUCGUAUGAUCAGGAACUUUCACUGCAACCGUACAUGAGCGACGGUCAAUUCGGUCCUACAUAUUCUCUUUAUGGCGUAAUUUGCCAUGCUGGCGGUGGUCCCAAUUCUGGUCAUUAUUACGCUUUCGUUAAAAGUAGAGAGGGGCGAUGGGCAGAAAUGAACGAUGAAAGUGUUUCAUCAACAAGUCUUCCAACAGAUAAAAGAAAUGCAUAUAUGCUUUUCUACAUCCAAAACCGAGGUCAAGGACUCGAAGCCGCGGUCAAGGCGCCCUUGGCAAACAAGAUGCUAUCGUCGUCGGCUUCUAUGAAAAAUGGUCUCACCAAUGGCGUGAAGAAAGUAGAAAGAACAAGUAGUUCCGAUGAAGACCAAGGCGUUAAAAUCUCAGCACCAUUCAUUGGCCCCUUGUUACCUUCUGCCGAAAUUUCUGUAAAUGUGGCCAACUUGACCCCAAACCCACCUACCGACCCUCAGGCCGCGAAUCUAAAAUCCAGGAUUCAGGCUGCAGCCAAAGCUAAGGCUAGUUCAGCUUUAGAAAGCCUUGGCAAUUAUGAUUCUGAAGAAUCUGAUAAUGACAAGGAAUCAUCAGCGUCUUGGAAAACCCAGGAUAAGAUGGAUGUCGAUGUCAAGGGCAAAGAAAAUGAUAGCGGUCAAGGAAGUACCAACCCAGAUUUGUCGGCAAUGCCUCCAACUGUCGAAUCUGCCAAGGCCAUUCCUGCAUCCAAAUUUUACAGCAACACACCAUCUAAUGCCAAAAAGCGCAAAAUGAGUGACUCCACGUCAGAAAAUUUUAGAGUGCCGAGUUCGCCUCUACAGGCGCGGACUAAAGGAUACCAUUCGAAGUCAGUAAACCCGUUUAGUCAUGCUUACAACGCGAAACGAAGAAGACGGUCGGGUAUUUAG